UACAGGAAAGUCAAAACUCCAAUCUGACUUCUUUUAGAUAAAGUUUUCUCCGCUGAGUCGUGCCUGUAACGUUAGCUCUAAAAUAAUAGUUGUUGGGUGAAAUGGGUUUAGGUGAAUAUUCUUCAGAGAGGAAUAUUCCCCGUUAGAAUGCUGUCGACCUGCAAAGGUGAUUCGGCAGACCCGGAGCGAGGAGGUGCGGAGCCGGGGGCAGGGAAGCAAACCGACGGCCACGGAGGAGCUGAGAGCGGUGAAGAGAGACGACAAGGGCUCGGUGUUCAGGAGUGGCCCGACGGGUCCAGAUACGAGGGAGGAUUUGUGAACGGGUUCAAACACGGCAAAGGGAGGUACACCUGGAGUAACGGAGAGUUCUAUGAGGGCUCUUUCUACAAAGACUACAGACAUGGAGAUGGAGUGUACUGCUGGCCCACAGGCCACAAGUUCACUGGCAAGUUCUACCUCAACAGAAAGGAAGGAUACGGACAGCAGCUGCUCCCGGAUGGAGCCACCUUUCAGGGUUUGUACCACACUGACCAGAGGUUUGGUCCAGGUGUGGUUAGUUAUCCGGAUGGGCGUGAGGAUGUGGGUGUGUGGCUCGGGGAGCGCCUACUGAGGCUCUGUACCUCUGUAGAGGAGAACUUUAGCCUGAAGAAAUUUCCUGAAUAUGCUGCCUACAUGGAGCCAACUGCUGCCACAGAUUCCCUGACUCAGCCUCCCACCAAAGGUCUACAGUCAGAAGCAAGGGCAGACUCUAGGGUGGAUACAGACGGGGAUCUGCUGUCAGAUGAGAAUUUUAUCCUUCCCCCUGGCAUUGAGAGUUACUCAACAGAUGGUGACCACUUGCCGUUGCCCCCUGGCCGGAGAAAAGAGCUGGAUCAACUCUUCUUUGGCAAGCUGUGGGAGCCAGACGCUUACCCACAUCGAGGCUAUGAGCGGGACCCACUCUCCACCCUACCCUUACAGGCCCGCAUGCAGGCCCAUAUACACAAACACAGAAUGCAGACUGAAAAUGUGGGCUGGGACGUGGCGGCUGUCCUCUCUCUGAACAGGGACAGUUUUGGUCCUAAAGGACCUUUGGAAGUCAAAUCAGAAUUGUUGAUCCAGCAUGCUUCCCGAGGGGAACUGCAGGCCGUGUCAAAGAUCCUCCAGACCGGUUUGGUCCACCCUGAUGUAGCAGAUUCACAGGGACACACUGCUCUGAUCGUUGCCACGGUAAACUGCCAUAAUGAUGUCAUCCACCUGUUGUUGGAUAUGGGUGCUGAUAUUGACAAGUUGAAUUGUGAAGGCAUGUCUGCCCUGGCUGUGUGUCAUGUCCUCUACUACCCUUUUCAGUCUCUGCACACCACUUUGGCUGAGUCACUUGCCAAAACUCAAGUUUUGAGGUCUCCAUCUGCAUGUGGGAACAGUCCCCAGAUCAGCCAAGUGGACUUCACAACAAACACAUCCAGGACAGCAGCAGAUCAAACAGAGCACAUCUUACAUCACAGCAGUAAAGUGUCUAAUAACAGUGAGCUCAUCACUGUGGGCUGGCCUGGCCUGAAUGAACCUGAGCCCUCUGCGGACACUAAGCACCUACAGGAGGAGCAGAGAAAAGACAAAGAGGAAGAAGGAGAGGAAAGAGACUGCAAGGAGACAGAGAGAGAAGGAAGGAGCAGGAGUGAGGAUGAGAAUAAGAGCAAAGAGGAGGGAAGAGAGACAGAGAGCAGCUGUGAUCAAAUGUGGGAAAAUGGAGAAAGUGAGGAAAAAGUGGAGGAAGGAGAAUUUAAGAAGACAGAGGAAGAUUCAGAGCUCGGUGAGAGGAGUGAAACUGAGUCAAGUAAAGAGGAUAUGAAGGUGAGGGAGGAAGAUGUAGAGAAGAGAAUAAGGAAUGUUCAUGAAGAGGAUGUAAAGGAGGGAGAAGAAGGAGGAAGUCCAGGCGUGCCUGGUGUGGAGCGCUCCAUUCAGGUGCUCGAUGGUCACAUUGCUGUGGGCAGUGUGCAGUGGAGGGACUGUCGAGCUAAGGCAGCAGGAGGAGUUCAGCAGGGCAAAGACAAACAACUAAACCAAAAACAAACCUUUGACUCCGCCUGCUCCGUCAGCAGCUACAACAUCCAUAUCACAGAGGAAGUGAUGCAGCGCUCCGCAGAAGCGCUGAGUCGCACAGGGAUCCCUCAGCGCUCUGACACUCAGGAGACUGUACGCAAAAUGGCUGCAAUGAAAAUUGAGCACCGUGUUUGUUUGAACACUCUGAAGCUAUUAUUGGAACGGGGAGCUGACCCCAAUGCAUCCAAGGUCCCCAUGCCUGUCCUCUUUUUAGCCAUUAUGGCGGCUGACGCUGAGGCCGUCAGGAGACUGCUGCUGUGUGGAGCUCGCACUGACAUUCCCCUUUCACCUGAGCGAAAAGGCCUGUAUCCCCUGCAUGUGGCCGCAUUACUGCCAGGUCCAGCAGGUCCCACAAUCACAGAGUUUCUGCUCCAUGCUAUCACUGACCCAGAUGCACAGGCUUGUGACCAGAACGAGAUUUAUGAACCAGAUAAGAUUUUUAUGGAUGCUCAGAAACCACUGAGCACCACCGAGAGCCCACAUCUCAAAGAAGGAGGUCGAACGGCCCUGCAUGUGGCCUGCCAGAGAGACAGUGACUAUCGGAAUGCCAGCAAGGUGGUAGCCCUCCUGCUCUCCCACAGAGCCAGCACAGACCUCCUCUGGAGUGGACACUCACCUCUCUCCCUGGCUAUAGCAAGUGGGAAUGACCUGGCAGUGGAGGAGCUAUUGAAUGGAGGUGCAAAUCCCAACAUCCCUCUGGGCUGCAGAGUGGGCAGUGCCCUGUGUGCCCUCGCCAACAUCAACUACCACUUAGGUGGCAACAGAGCUAAGCUGUUGGACAUGUUAGCUAAGGCUGGUGCCGACAUCUUGAUGCCAGUUAGGAUGGGUGAUGAAGUGGGAACCGCAGUCGACUAUGCACACUACUCCUUCAGCCAAGACUCGCGUAUCGCCAACACUCCCUUCCAUGCUCUGAACAUGCGGGAGAGGGAAACGUUCAAAGCACGGCAUCAGCUGCUGAGCAUGAUGGGAGAUCUGCUGAGACAGACUGCUGGCCAGAGGGAGAGAGAGAAUUUAGAGAGAGAACAAUACAGCACGUUGUAUAGUACCAGUGGUACAGAGAGGUCUGUGCACACAGGGGCAGAUGCCAUUUCCUCAAAUGCUCCCCUCCCCAGCUGUGAAAAUCAACCACCCAUUACAGAAAGCCACAGGAAACCAGCGUUCAAGUUCUGCUAUCACUGUGGUCGCUCUGUAUGCGUGAAGCUGACUGCUUGUAGACGUUGCCACAAGGUCUUCUACUGCUCCAGGACCUGCAAGCUCAAAGCAUGGAACCAAAGACACAAAGAGGAGUGUAUACAGGUUACAGCAUCUGCUGAUGGCGUCCAGAAGAGAUCUGCAUGUAAAUCCCCAAGAGGCCCCAGGCCCUUGACUGCCAUGAUGAAACCCAAACCAGCCCCCAGGCUGCUGAGUGUCAAGUUGAAAUCCCAAACAGUCCCCAAGCCUGUGAGCAUGGCAGAGAAGGUCUUGGAGAGCCAAAUCAACCUGAAGGAAAACUACAGUUGCAACUGAUGGAUACUAAAAUUUCACAUACUUAAAACCAGCUGAAGUACUUUACUACCUAAUAUCACACGUCUGUUACAUCAUCUCUUUUCUGAUUCUGAGUCAUUAAUGUUACAUGUUUGGCUGAAUAGUGAUGACUAUAUACUGUGCCAUAAUCAUUUCUCUUUAUAAUAUUUACUGGUAGGUUCACAAAUCUGUUUUAAUAUUGGAAUAAUAGUGUAAGAAUGUAAUAUGAAUAACACUAAAUAGCUGCAUUUGCACAUUUACAAAUAAAUCUAGUGGGA